AUUAAAUGCUAAACAGCUGAUUAGCUGUGCACGCAACCUGUGAAUGGUCAGACGCCAUUGUGUUACGUGCUGACGAAUCGAGUAUAAUUAAAUUGCAAAACAACACAGUAAUAACAAGGAGGCUCAAGUGAUUGCAAAGCAGAAUAGUACGCGCAAAAAGGAGACGUAAAAAUCAAAAGAAAUCACACAGUCACAGUCCCAACAUAAAAAAAUGACUGAAAUGCAAAUGGAUUGUGCACUGGAUCUUAUGAGACGACUGCCGCCUCAACAGAUCGAAAAGAAUCUGAUUGAUCUAAUCGAUUUAGCGCCCGAUUUGUGUGAGGAUCUGCUGUCGUCGGUGGAUCAACCGUUGAAAAUCGCCAAAGACAAGGAGCAUGGCAAGGACUAUCUGCUGUGCGACUACAAUCGCGAUGGUGACUCGUAUCGUUCGCCCUGGUCCAACACUUAUUAUCCACCGCUGGAGGAUGGCCAGAUGCCAUCGGAACGUUUGCGUAAACUGGAAAUCGAAGCGAACUACGCGUUCGACCAGUACCGGGAAAUGUACUACGAGGGCGGCGUCUCGUCGGUGUAUCUGUGGGAUUUGGAUCACGGAUUUGCCGCUGUGAUAUUGAUCAAAAAGGCGGGUGAUGGCAGUAAAAUGAUACGCGGCUGCUGGGACUCCAUACACGUGGUGGAGGUGCAGGAGAAGACAACGGGCAGGACGGCGCACUAUAAACUGACGUCGACGGCAAUGCUGUGGCUGCAGACAAAUAAACAGGGAUCGGGCACAAUGAAUUUGGGCGGUUCGUUGACCCGGCAGACGGAGCAGGAUGCGAAUGUAAGCGAAUCGUCGCCGCAUAUCGCCAACAUUGGUAAAAUGGUCGAAGAGAUGGAGAACAAAAUGCGCAAUACGCUGAAUGCCAUCUACUUUGGCAAAACCAAGGAUAUUGUGAAUGGAUUGCGAAGCACACAAUCGCUGGCCGAUCAGCGUGAUCAGGCGGCCAUGAAACAGGAUCUGGCUGCAGCAAUAUUGAGACGCAAUGUCAAACCCGAAUCGAACUGAGCUGUUAAGUUGUUGGCGCCCCUUAAACAAACAAGCAGAAAGCGAAAGGCAUUACAAGUAUAUAUACAAAAAAAUAGGGACAAUUCACGACACUUGGCUGCGUCAUUAUUCAAGAUUUAUCAACUAUAUACGCAUUUCUAGGCAUUAAAUUUGUUAAUGAGAGAGAAUCAUAAAUGAAAUUGUUAAAUGAGAAAAACGUAUUAAUGUAAAUUUCCACAUUUCCCGCCCCAUGUUGCAAAUUGAAGUCCACAUUUGAAUGUUUUGUUUGCCCCAACAUAAAAAAACGAAAAGAAACAACGCGCCAACUUUAACCGCCCUUUAGACACAGUAUCUUUAAGUAUUUGAGUAUUUGUAUCUGCGUGCAUAGUGCAACAUCAUUUGUAUCUGCAGCAAUUGCGAUUGUGAAGCAGAUUCGGAUGCAAUUUGUUUGCUUAUGGCAUUUUUUUGAUUUUCUUUGGAAACGUUUGCUGCGUUCGAGUAUAAAUAAUGUGUUUAUAAAUAAAUCAAAUAUAAUAAUUAAAUAUGUAUGUAUGUAUGUGUAUUCUAAACAAUAAGAAGCUCGAAGCAUAAAUUUUACAUUAUGUACUUUUACUGAAAACGCUCUGUAUUAUGUAAAAAAUACACAUUACGUACCAAACACCGAAACAA